AUGAGUAUACUCGACUUGCCUGACGAAAUAUUAGCACUUGAUUCUAUUUACAUUCGUGGUCUUGAUUUUACAGCUAAUGAUAAAUCUCAGGAAUUUCAUCAAUUUCUCGAUCGGUUUUGGACAAGUAUUUUGCGUCGAAUUCAUCAUCAGAUAAACAAACUUACUCUUGGACAACUUUCAAUAGAACGUCUCCUACAUAUUGUUGAUUAUCCUCAACUUUAUUCAUUAUCGCUUGUCUUUUGUCAACCGGAAAUAAUUUUAAACUAUCUAAUAGGCGGUGAUUCAAUACUUGUUCGUCUUGUUAAUAAACAAAUUACUCAUUUUAAUCUGAAGACCGAGUUCAGAACAACUGAAUUAUUUGAUAGGUAUGAACCGACUUUGUUUGCAUUGAUAUUGUCAUUUGCCAAAUGUUUAACAGAUUUCACUUUUGUACAAUGCCUUCGAGACGCUUCACCGAAUUCACUUCUUACUCUAUUCUCAACUUCAGCAACAUCAUAUUAUCAUGAGUUUGUUCCAUUAUUUCGUCGAAUGUCAAAUCUCGAAGAACUAACAUUAUUUCUUUUCGUGAAAGGAAUCAAUUCGACUUAUAUCGAUGGCAUUCAUUUAAAUGAUGAAAUUCUCGUUCGUAUGCCACGACUAAACAAAUUUACUUUCAGUAUAACGACUCGUGUUUGCAACAGAAGGAGCAAUAUUUUUCUUCCUUCAAACGAUGAUAUUCAGCGUAGUUUUAUCGAAAGAAAAUAUCAACAAAUUGGUUCAUAUGCUGAUGAUAAUACAAUAAAAAUUAGAGCUCGAUGUCAUAUUUAUUCACUUCCAUAUCAAUUUCGCAUGUUUCACAAUGUGACUAAUUCUUUUCAAGGUGGCAUAUUUAGUAAAGUUCGAUCGGUGAUAAUCGCUGAUGAUAUAUGCCCUUUUGAACAUGAAUUUUUCCAAAUUAUCUCACAAUCUUUUCCUUUUCUUCAAACAUUAUCGAUACAGAAUGAUAAACCACAAGAGUCUAAAAACAAAAUUCGAUUACAUUCAUUACAUUUUCUCAUCUUGCUGUUCUCAAUCUUGAAUUGGCACACAUUGAUUAUGUUGAACAAUUUCUCUUCGAAAGAAAGACUUGUUUGUUACAUCUCACAAUCCAAUAGAAUCUAUUCAAUCGAAUGA